GAUGUGUGACCACUUGGUAGUCAAACCACUGCAGCUACCAGCGAGGACACUACCCCAGAGCUACCAGGUCUGUCAUUCCAGAGAUCUCAGCAGCCAUGGCAUCAGCAAUUCCCGAAUGGGACAUUCAAGAGGAAACCAAAUGCCCUAUCUGCUUGGAGUAUUUCACAGACCCAGUGAGCAUAGAGUGUGGGCACAACUUCUGCCGUGCCUGUAUCACUCAGUACUGUGAGCAAAUGGCAGAGGGCGACUCUACGCCCUUGUUGUGUCCUAGCUGUCGGACCUGCUUUUGGAAAAGCCAUCUCCGGCCAAACUGGGACCUGGCAAAUAUCCUAGAAAAAAUCAAACAACUGAGUAUGAAAGAAGGAAAAGGGAAGCUGUGUUUGAGACACCAGAAAAGCCUGGAUCUAUUCUGUGAAGAGGAUGGCAAAGCUGUGUGCGUGGUUUGUGAGAGAUCCCCAGAGCACAGGUCUCACACUGUGCUUCUCAUGGAGGAGGCUGCCCAGAAAUACAAAGGUCAAAUCCAGAACUUAUUGCAGAAGAGGAAGAAAGAAAAAGAAAAGCUCCUGGGAUUGAAACUGGCUGAAGAGAGAGAAAUCCAGGAGUACCUGGAAAAGAGAAAUGGUGAAAGGCAAAAGAUUGCCUCUGAAUUUCAGCAACUGUGCCAGUUGCUGGAUGAGCAAGAGCGACUCCUAUUGGCCCGGAUGGAAGAGCUGGACAAGGAGGUUGUGAAGAAGCAGAAGGAAAAUAUCACUAAAAUCUCAGAGGAGUUUUCCCGGCUUGGUGAAUUGAUCAGGGAGAUGGAGGGGAAAUGCCAGCAGACAGCAAGUGAUCUUCUGCAGGACAUCAGAAGCACCUUGAGCAGAUGUGGAGAAGGGAAAUGCCAGCAGCCAGAGGUGACUUCUUCUGACCUAAAGAACAAACUUGACUUUUGGUGCCAGAAAAAUACUGCCGUAAAGGAGAUCCUGGGGAAAGUCACAGAAACUCUGCUAUCAGAACUACAGAAAGACUGGAGUAGGUCUCUGGAAAAGAGAACAAAACCAGUCUAUAGAAAGGUGAAGGUGACUCUAGAUCCAGACACAGCUCAUCCCAACCUCAUCCUGUCUGAGGAUCGCAGAAGUGUGAGACGAGGAACCACACGGCAAGUUCUGGCCUACAAUCCUGAGAGAUUUUAUCCCAUUCACUGUGUGCUGGGCUGCGAGGUCUUCACCUCCGGAAGAUACUGCUGGGAGGUGGAGGUCGGAGAAUGUGGAUCCUGGGCUUUUGGUGUGGCUCGAGAGUCUGUGAGCAGGAGGAGAGAAAUCGACUUUAACCCUGAAGAAGGGAUCUGGGCCGUGGGACAGUGGGGAGGGCUAUAUUUUGCUCUUGCCUCUCCUCGCACCUCCUUGCCCUUGAGCUGGUUUCCCAAGAAGAUCAGAGUUUACGUAGACUGUGAAGGAGGCCAAGUGUCAUUUUUUGAUGCUGAUACCGAGGCCCUGAUCUUUGCUUUCCCACCAGCCCCUUUCACUGGGGAGAGAAUCUGCCCCUGGUUCUGGCUGGGGAAGGGGUCACGGCUUGACCUCUGCCCCCAGUAAGUAUCCCAGUUCAGACCCUUAAGUAAUCUCCUCUAACCUCUGAGAUCCCAUCUCUGUGUUCCUGGAGACAAAAAUGCGUUUCUGACCCCUGUGAACAAGAGAGAAGAAUGAGAUGAGGCUAGAUAAGGGUAAGGCCAAACUCUUCGUUACUUCUCUCUGAGAGUCUGGAAGCCGCUAAAGAUACUGCGGUGAAGUGGGGGAGUGUAGGAGGUGGAGAAGAGGAACCUUUUAGCCGGGGCAG